AUGUCUGUUGCAAUCGAUUCCGUUAAGGUUUAUAUUAACCAAUUUAUUCAUAAUUUUGACUAUGUCGAUGCUAUUUUUCUUGCUGAACGUCUUUAUGCGGAAGUAAAAAAUGAUGAAUCAACUUAUUUAUUAGCACGUACUUAUUAUUUAAGUGGGGAUGUGAAUAAAUCUUAUUGGUUAUUACGAAAUUCUUCUAUUGAACAUUUACCUACUGCAAAACUUCUUUUAGCAAAAUGUUGCUUUGAUAUGGAUAAACUUCAUGAAGCUGAAUCAAUACUUGUUGGAAAUUGUUUAUCUAUAAAUACACUUGUACUUGAUGAUUUUGUUAAUGGUCAUGGUGAUCAAGCAGCAUUUGCUUUACAGCUACUUGCUAAAGUUUGCGAAAAAUCUGAUCGUCAUCAAAAAGCAAGCGAAUGUUAUCGAAAAUCCUUAAAACUUAAUCCAUUUCUAUGGUCUUCUUUUGAAGCUCUAUGUCGUCUAGGUGAACGUGUUGAUACAAGUAUAUUUUGUUCAUCUACUAUAAAAUCUAAUCGAUCAAUCUCAGAAUUAAAUCAACCACAUACAUGUGUCACACCUUAUAUGGAACAAAUAAAAGAUAUUCAAAGUGAAAAUCAAGUUAUUGAUAAUUCAAUGAAUACAAGUACAAAUCAAACAAUACGAGAACGACAACAACCACGUUCAUUACAAGCACCAGCAACUGUUAUGAAAUUAACUGAUUCUAUUCUUAAUGUUGGUCCAACAAAUGUUUCCGCUAUAAUAACAUCAACACCAAUAGGUUUAAUUACGGAUCAAUUACAAGAUAAUGAUAAAUAUACUCCACCGACUAUAAAACCACCUGAUUAUAUUCCAUCGUUACGUAACCCACCAUUAGCUCCUAAACGACAAAAUACUCGAAAUGUACAACAAUAUGGAUUUGAUGACACAACGGCUUCCGGAUCAACAGCAACACUUAUACAUCCACAUGAACUUGCGUCAACAUCACUUAGUGAUACACGUAAAACUAUUGGUACACGAAAAACAACUCGUCGUACUAUAAUCGGUCAAUCUCAUGUUCUUUCUACCUCAAAUAAUGUCCUUGCUCAAUCAAAAAUAACUCCAAGUAGUACAGUCGGAAGUCGUACACAAACUCCAAAUUCCAAUGAUAUUAAAGAGAAUAAAUCUAUUCGUGCACCAACUAAACGUACAACACGUUUUACAAAACCAACAACACGUCCACCAUGUACAGAUAUGAGUAUAACAACACCUAUAGCACCAACUGAAUCACCAAAUAAAAUGACAACACGAUCACAAGUAAGAUCAAAUAAUACAAGUUUAAAUUAUGGUGUUGAUAAUGAAUUAAUUAAUAAACGUGAUCGACAACGAAAAAGUCAAUCAACUCAUCAUCGUACACUUGAAAUUGUUGAAAAUAUUAUCAAUGUAUUUAAAUUACUUGGUCAAGGUUUACAACAUUUAUCUCAAUUUGAAUGUCGACAAGCAAUUGAAAUAUUUGAAUCAAUUUCAUUAAAACAUCUUGAUACACCAUGGGUUUUAUCACAUUUAGCUAAUUGUUAUUAUCAUUUACAUGAUUAUCAAAAAUCUUCACUUAUCUAUCGAGAAUUACGUACUAAAUUUCCAUAUCAUAUUGAUGGUUUAGAAUAUUAUAGUACAGUUCUUUGGCAUUUAAAAGAUGAUAUUGCAUUAGCAACAUUAGCACAUGAAUUAACGGAAACCGAUCGAAAACAUCCAGCUGUAAGUAUGAUUUAUUUAAUAAUUUAG